GUCUCCUUGUCCGAUCAAUCAUCUUCUUCUUCUUCCUCCCAUCAAAUCUCCAGAAAUAAAUCUCUCUCACUCACUCACACAAUCACACACACACACACAAAUGGCGUCGUCUCCGCUGGUUCAUUCCCCAUCCUUUUCUCUCAAUCGAUCUCCCCCAACUUCUCUCGCCCAACCUUCCUCCACCUUUCUACUUAAGAAGCAAACAAGAUUAAUUGCGCCAAAACGAUUCCCAAUUCGCCCAUUGACUGUCACCCAAUACUCAGUUGCCGAACCUCCUCCUCCUCCGCCGCCGCCAAGUUUUGGUUUUCCCGAAUCCAAGACGGAGCUCACAUCUUCCCUCAAGCUCAAACUAUUGAGUAUUGUUUCUGGGUUAAACAGAGGUCUUGCUGCAACUGAAGAAGAUCUGAAAAAAGCAGAUGUUGCAGCCAAGGAGCUUGAAGAUCAUGGUGGGCUUGUAGAGCUUGAAGAUGAACUCGAUAAACUUCAGGGUCAAUGGAAGUUGAUUUACAGUAGUGCUUUCUCAUCUCGCACACUUGGUGGUAGCCGCCCUGGACCUCCAACUGGAAGAUUACUUCCAAUUACUCUUGGCCAGGUAUUUCAAAGAAUUGAUAUCUUAAGCAAAGAUUUCGACAACAUAGUUGAGCUCGAGCUUGGUGCUCCCUGGCCUCUUCCACCUGUAGAAUUAACUGCUACCCUUGCACACAAGUUUGAAUUAGUUGGAUCAUCUAAGAUUAAGAUCAUAUUUGAGAAGACAACUGUAAAGACAAGUGGUAAUUUAUCUCAAUUACCUCCAUUGGAAGUUCCUCAGUUACCAGAUGGAUUGAGGCCACCAUCUAACAGGGGUAGCGGCGAUUUUGAAGUAACUUACAUCGAUUCUGAUAUUCGAAUCACCAGAGGCGAUAGAGGGGAAUUAAGGGUUUUUGUGAUUUCAUAAACAUGUGAAAAAUUAAAGCAUUUUCAACAAUAUACAAUUUUGU